CACGCGGCGCGCCCACACACUCAGUUAAAAGCAAAAGCAGAUGAUAACAGAUAUUUCGAGUACGUGUGAAGGUUGUACGAGUAAUUUUGCAACGCAAGUUUCUAACUUCUGUAACCUGCGCACUUGCUUUGCCUUACCCCAGAGAGAGAGAGAGGACUGAGAGAGAAAUCCACACACACAGAGAGCACUUGCUUUGCCUUACCCCAGAGAGAGAGAGAGGAGUGAGAGAGAAAUCCACAGAGAGAGAGAGAGAGAGAGAGAGAAAUCCACAGAGAGAGAGAUAUGGAAAAGGUAGGGGAAUUGAGGCACCUGUUCGUGACGGUGUUCCUGUCGAGUUUUGCAGGGGUUGUGGUAAUUCCGGGGAUUACGGAUGUGACCAUGUCCGCACUUUGCCCGGGCGUCGAUGAAUGCUCCCUUGCCAUCUACCUCUCCGGUUUCCAACAAGCGAUAACAGGAGUAGGAACGGUCCUGAUGCUGCCGUUGAUCGGAAGCCUGUCCGAUGUGUAUGGACGCAAAGCAUUACUCACACUCCCCAUGACCAUCUCCAUUAUUCCACUGGUAAUAUUGGCUUACAGCAGGACAACAAACUUCUUCUACGCUUAUUACGUGUCCAAGACUCUAACAGCUGUUAUAAGCGAAGGAAGUGUUCUAUGCCUCUCCCUUGCUUAUGUGGCAGAUAAUGUUUUAGAGAGAUCCCGAGCUUCAGCGUUUGGGCUUGUUUCGGGAGCGUUUUACGCCGGAUUCGUCGGGGGCACCUUCGCCGCUCGCUUCCUCUCCACUUCUCAGACAUUUCAGGUUGCUGCAAUUGUAUCCAUGAUUGCAGUCGUCUAUAUGAGAAUUUUCCUAAAGGAUGAUUGUACUAUUAGGAGAAAUACCAGUGAUUCUUUGAAGCAUCCGAUAUUGACGACUGAAGAAGAAGAAGAAGAAGCUACUCCGUCCGAGGGUGAAUUAUUAUCAUCGAGUAAGGAGGUUGAGGUCUUCAAGAAAAUCCCAUCACCGAACGAUCUUGUGUGUUUGCUUAAGACUAGCAAGACAAUUUCACAGGCAGCGGUUGUUGCAUUUUUCAAUAGUCUGGCAGAGGGUGGCCUUCAAGCAUCGGCACUGUAUUUCUUCAAGGCCCGGUUUCACUUCACCAAAAAUCAGUAUGCUGAUGUAAUGCUAAUUAUGGGAAUUGCGGGGACUAUAUCACAGAUGAUUUUCAUGCCCUUGUUGGCUCCUGUUGUAGGAGAGGAGAAGUUGCUUUCUGUGGCGCUCUUUGGGGGAUUUUUAUGUAUGCUAAUGAACAGUAUAGCAUGGUCAAUUUGGGUUCCUUAUGUCGUUGCUGCGUUCGGUAUUUUCACUUCCUUCGCAUCCCCUUGUCUUCGCAGUAUCGUAUCAAAACAAGUUGGGCCAAAUGAGCAGGGGAUUGCUCAAGGAUGCAUUUCCGGCAUAAGUUCCUUUGCCAACAUCAUCUCUCCCUUCAUAUUUAGUCCUCUUACAGAUUUAUUCCUAUCCAAGAGAGCCCCCUUUUAUUUCCCUGGUUUCAGUAUUAUGUGCAGUGGAUUUGCAACGAUGGUAGCCUUCAUCCCAAGUUUAUUGAUAAGGGCUGUUCCUCCUUCGAGCAAAAAAGUCAGUUGCGACGAUUGUGAGGCCUAGACGUGAGGAUUUCUAUGGUUUUACAGAAGGAAACCUCUUUAUAACUGAAUCACCAGGGAAUAUAAAUUAUAGAAACAACAAAGUAAGUGCGGAAUUGUGAUUGUGUAGAUAGAUGGACCGUUGAAUGGUUUCUUGCCGUAUUUCAUGACUUUUUUCAGAUGUGAAAGAACAAUCAAAUCAAUACAAAAGUGAAGAAUACUAAAAAAACAUAUUAUUGA